AUGGAGCGCUUCAGCCUGGGGGAAGCAGCUGGAAAGCUGGGAAAGGCCCUGGGCGUGCUGGUGACAGUGGCCGGACAUGAGCCCAGGCAGCCUGCCUCUGCCAAGUGGUACGACCGGAGGGACUACGUCUUUAUCGAGUUCUGUGUCGAAGACAGCAAAGAUGUUAAUGUAAAUUUUGAAAAGUCCAAACUCACGUUCAGUUGUCUUGGAGGAAGUGACAACUUUAAACAUUUAAAUGAAAUCGACCUUUUUAAUAAUAUCGAUCCAAAUGAAUCAAAGCAUAAAAGAACAGACAGAUCCAUCUUAUGUUGUUUACGAAAAGGAGAGUCUGGUCAGGCAUGGCCAAGGUUAACAAAAGAGAGGGCAAAGCUCAACUGGCUCAGCGUGGACUUCAACAACUGGAAAGACUGGGAAGAUGAUUCAGAUGAAGACAUGUCCAAUUUCGAUCGCUUUUCCGAGAUGAUGAACAACAUGGGUGGAGACGACGACGUAGAUUUGCCAGAAGUAGAUGGGGCAGAUGAUGACUCACCAGACAGUGAUGAUGAAAAAAUGCCGGAUCUGGAGUAAGGAAAACUGUCGUCUUCAGGGUUUUGGGGAAAGAACUUCAUCACAACAUUUCAUAAUUGAGAUAAGAAUUCCUGAGUUGAUAGCCCUAAAGGGAGAUCCUGCAUCCUUUAACCCAUUUUCAGUCCAUUUUAAAUGGCUUCACUGAUGGUAGGUGUGUCCCAUGGCACGGGGCGGUCUUAAGCCACGAGAGGCAAUAACGUUAUGCAUGAACCGUUUUCCAGACUUCCAAAAAAAGACAAACCAACCCCCCAAUUGAGGUGUAGGCAAUCCGUACAGAACAGUUGCAAUAAAGUUUACAGAGCCUCCUUGCCUCGUAGCAGAUGUAAUUACAAUGGGAGAACCCCUGAAUCUACACCAAAUGGUUAAGCAUUUUUUUCCCCCCCCCUUCCUCCUCCACGGCCUGAAAUUGUCUGUUUGUACCGGGAACAAAACUUGUUGUCAUUGGCUCCCCAAAUUCAGCAGGCGAGGCAACAUCCCUCCGUGGUGUCUUCAGGUCUGUUCCACUAAAGUUCGUAUUGAAAAGGAAAACCUAAAACUUCUCCUCGUUUGGUGUUGGGCCCCCCCGAGCCCCCGAGCGGUGCCGGUGGCCGGAGCCUGUCCCUGGUUCCGUGUGACCCCCCCAGACCUCCCCCCUCCUCGCCCGGGGGGAGUGGCUGUACAUUGUUUGCUUUGUCAAUCUGUACAUUUAGACCAAAUCGUAUUUGCACUGUGGGUUUGGCAGCGAGUGACAGACCGUGGGGCCUGCGACCGGGCUGAGAAACCUCAAUUUAUGUUCAGAGCAGCUGGGAUUUUUUUAAUGUCUGCAUUCUUUCUAAUAAACUGUUGAAGACUCCCCUG